AUGGAUCUGAAAGUCGUUUUUAUCAUCCAUGUAUACUCCUCAGUCUGUGAAGCUCUUUGUUCUACUGGUUCAUCAGUGGCAGAUGGCUUUGACACAUUAGUAAUAGAUAUUGAUAAUCAUUUAUAUCAAACAACAUUGGAAAUGGAAUCAUUUAAUGGACCAUUAACACCUUAUGUUCCUUUGAUUGAUGUUGACAUGUCCCCUGAUGGAUGGCUCAUUGGUGUAACAGUUGGAUAUGAAUUAGUACAUAUGAUGUCAUUGGAAAAUGGCAUGUGGUCAAACCCAAUACCAGGAAGUGCUAGUGUGAUUAGUGCAUGUAUAGGUGAACAGGAACUCAUUUUUGGUGUAACAGCAAAUAACCAGUUGAGAGUGCGAAAUGGGGUCCAAUCAUCGUGGUCGCUUGCGGCCUAUGGGUACGCGGAGCAGGUUAUACAAAUAACCGCCACCACAAUGCUUUUCGGACUUACACCAAACAGUCUCCUGUAUUUUGAUCAACCUACUGGUUCCUGGAUUGAUACUGGAGUUGAUUUUGGUAGCAACGUUAUGGUAGAUAUUUCAUUUAUCGAUUCAGAAAAUAUUGUUCCAGUAAUAGCGGAUAUUUGUGUGAUUGCUGUAUGUUACAUUGGACAACAAACAUCAUCACAACUAUCAGAACCAUCACAGUCUAAUGAAGAAUCUAGCAGUACAAAUUAUGAAAAAACAACACUUCUCGUUGGUAAUGACAACAAUUUGUACACACGUGAUCGACGUGGCUCUGUGUCCCUUGUUCCAUAUACCAAUGGUAUUAUCGAUAUUGUUGUCAUGAGUGUCAUGGUGCUAAAGUAUACAAUGGACGAUCAAGGAUGGACUGAGAUAGUACCAAACUCUUGCUGUGUCAUUAGUGUAGAUAUUACAGGCAACUUCAUAAUUGGUGUCGGAAUCGAUAAAUAUCUGUAUACAAAAGAUACAUUGGAUGGUGUUUGGAAUGGCCCUGUUGCAGACAGUGGAUUCGUGCAAAAGGUAAUCGCAUUCAAUGAAGGACAACAAAUUAUAUUAGCAGUGGAUGCACAUGGUGUUAUAGUAAUGCCAAGUGGUAGUGUACCCUUUUGGCAAGAUGCAGAAUUCAAUGUCAUUGUUAAAGAUGCUAUGGUGUUACCAUCGGGUUCUCUUGAUCCAAUAUUGCAUGAUGACCUUUUAUUUCAAGCAAUAUGCUAUGGUAAAUUGCCAGAUAGUUCUACUGGUAUGGAUAGUUCUGAAGGAUCUGGCAUCUCUGACGGGUCGAGCAACUCUGAUAAUUCAGAUGGAUCUGUUGACUCUGGUUCUACUGGAAUCUCCGACGGAUCUGCUAAGUCUAGCUCCACUUCAAGCUUUGACAGAAUAUACCCAGCAACAGAUCCUGACACUGCUGUUGCUAUGCCUGGUGCACCACAUUCGGCAAGUCACUAUAUAACAGGAGAAUUGGAUCAAUGCAACGUGAUUGCUGUUGGGAAGGAUGGUUAUCUAUAUACUGGAGUCUCAAUGGGUGACCAUGCAUAUCAAUACCAUGGCCCAAUUCAUGGCUCAUGCUGUGUGAUAGACAUUGCUAGUCUACCUGACAAAACACUUGUAGGCGUUCAAAAGGACAAUAGGUUAUAUGUUAAAUCAAAUUUAGUGGAAGGUAGUUGGAUUCGAAGUUAUACAGAUAGCUGCUGCAUUGUAAGUGUGGACGUGUUACCUGAUGGUGAAAUAAUAGCAGCCAGUAUCGAAGAUGUGUUGCUCAUUAGAUCAAGUAUAAAUGCUGAAUGGGAUCUAACAAUUCCUAUUGGCAUGCACAUUGCAAAACUUACCUUAAUUCCAAACAGUUUUGAUAUAAUUGGGAUUAGUGAAGAUAGUACACUCAUUAUUCAUACUGACGGUAUGUGGAAGACACUCGACAAUGACCUAUUCGUUCUACCAAUCACUGACUUGGCUGUUGAUGAGGAUGGCAAUUAUGGUGCCUUGGUUCCGGGAAUGUCAGAAUUAUCAAAUGGGGACCAGAUUCAUAUUGUCAGCAUUGCAUAUGUCGAUCUUCCUCUUCAAGAUUAUAUGGGGUCUCCUCAGACGAUAGAUGACCAGGACUUUUCUACUACUGGUACCUCCAAAGUCGAACAUGGUUUCAUUUCUUCUGAAAACAGCGGAUCAGGUACUUCGACCAAGAUUGUAAUGCCGGUGAUUAUAGUUGCUAUACUGAUCGCCGGAUGUAUUGGUGUAUAUUACUACAGAAGAAAACACUAUGAAAAGAUGGAAAAAGCUACAAAUAAAAAAGAAAGAUCCUACGUCAGUGUAGUCAUGAAGCUGUUGGUAGCUGUGUUCUGCUUCCAGUUACUGAUGACAAUGUCUGUCGUCAAACCAAUCACAGGUUCCAUUGGUUCAUCAGUAGCAGAUGGCAUUGACACAUUAGUGAUAAGUACUGAUUAUCAAUUAUAUCAGACAACAUUGGAAAUAAAAUCAUUUAUAGGACCAUUAACACCUAAUGUGCCAUUGAUAGAUGUUGACAUGUCCCCGGACGGAUGGCUCAUUGGUGUAACAGUUGAUUAUGAAUUAGUACAUAUGUUGUCAUUGGAAAAUGCUGUGUGGUCAAAUCCAAUUCCAGGAAGUGCUAGAGUGAUCAGCGCAUGUGUAGAUGAGCUGGGAUACAUCUUUGGAAUAACUGCAACUAAAACGUUGAAAAGGAGAUUUGAUGUCCAAUCAGCAUGGUCGAUUGUGGCCAAUGGGUAUGCGGAACAGGUCAUAAAAAUAACCGUCAACACAAUGCUGUACGGAAUCACACGAAACAGCCUCCUGUAUUUUGAUCAAUCUGGUUCAUGGAUUGAUACUGGAACUGAUUUUGGUGGCAAUGCUAUUACAGAUAUUGCAUUUGUCAAUUCAGAACUAUUUGUCCAAGUGGUAGAGACUAUUGAACUCAUAGCUAUAUGUUACAUUGGACAACAACAAUCAUCACAACCGAAUGGAGGAUCUAGUAGUACAAGUGUUGGUUCUGCUGGUUCGUCGGUAGAAGAUGGCAUCGACACAUUAUUGAUAUAUACUAAUAAUCAAUUAUAUCAGACAACAUUGGAAAUGAAAUCAUUUAUAGGACCAUUAACACCUAAUGUUCCCUUGAUUGACAUUGACAUGUCCCCUGAUGGAUGGCUAAUUGGUGUAACAGUUGGAUAUGAAUUAGUAUAUAUGUUGUCAUGGGAAAAUGCUGUGUGGUCAAAUCCAAUUCCAGGAAGUGCUAGUGUGAUCAGCGCAUGUGUAGAUGAGCAGGGAUACAUCUUUGGAAUAACUGCAACUAAAACGUUGAAAAGGAGAAUUGAUCUCCGAUCAGCAUGGUCGAUUGUGGCCAAUGGGUAUGUGGAGCAGGUUAUAAAAUUAACCGUCAACACAAUGCUGUUCGGACUUACACCAAACAGUCUACUGUAUUUUGAUGAACCUGCUGGUUCCUGGAUUAAUACUGGAAUUGAUUUUGGGGACAGUGUUUUGGUAGAUAUUGCAUUUGUUGAUUCAGACGUUCUUGCCCCAUUGGAAGCGAAUAAUGAAAUGAUUGCUAUAUGUUACAUUGGACAACAAACAUCAUCACAAUCUAAUACUGUAGAAACAGCGCUACUCGUUGGAGAUGACAACAAUUUGUACACACGUGAUGAAAUUGGCUCUGUGUCCCUUGUUCCAUAUACCAAUGGUAUUAUCGAUAUUGUUUUCAUGGGUGACGAUUCUUUACUCGCUGUGAAUACAAAUAACGAAAUGGUGCUAAAGUAUAUAAUGGAUGAUCAAGGAUGGACUGAGAUAGUACCAAACUCUUGCUGUGUGAUUAGUGUAGAUAUCAAGGACAGCCUCAUAAUUGGUGUCGGAAUCGAUAACCAUCUAUAUACAAAAAAUAAAUUGAAUGAUGUUUGGAAUGGCCCAGUUGCAGACAGUGGAUUUGUCCAAAAGGUGGUCAUAUACAGUGAAGGUGUAUAUAAUACAAUACUGGCAGUGGAUACAAAUGGUGUAAUAGUAAUAACAUCAAGUGGCAGUAUACCUUUUUGGCAAGAUGCAGGAAUCAAUGAGAAUGUGAAAGAUUUUACGGUGGUAUCAUCGGGUUUAUUUGAUCAAAUAAUGCAUGAUGACCAUUUCUUUCAAGCAAUAUGCUAUGGUGAAUUGCCAGAUAGUUUUACUGCUAUGGGUAGUUCUAGAGGAUCUGGCAGCUCUGGUGAGUCGAGCAACGCUGGUUCACCAGGAAGCACAGGUGGAUCUAUUGAUUCAGGCUCUGAUGGAAGUUCUGGUGGGAAUGUUGACUCUGGUUCAGCUGGAGGUUCGGGUGGAUCUGUUGAGUCUAGCUUGGCUGGAAACUCUGACAGAUUAGACGCUGCAACAGAAGAUUCUCACACUUCUGUUGCUAUGCCUGGUGCACCAUAUUCGGCAAGUCACUAUAUAAUAGGAGAAAUGGAUCAAAGCAACGUGAUUGCUGUUGGCGAGGAUGGUUAUCUUUAUACUGGAAUCCCAAUGGGUGACUACGCAUAUCAAUACCAUGGCCCAAUUCAUGGCUCAUGCUGUGUGAUAGACAUUGCUAGCCUACCUGACAAAACACUUGUAGGUGUUCAAGAGGACAAUAGGUUAUAUGUUAAAUCAAAUUUAGAGGAAGGUAGUUGGAUUCGAAGUUAUACAGAUAGCUGCUGCAUUGUAAGUGUGGACGUGUUACUUGAUGGUGAAAUAAUAGCAGCCAGUAUCGCAGAUGUGGUACUUAUUAGAUCAAGUAUAAAUGCUGAAUGGGAUCUAACAAUUCCUAUUGGCAUGCAUAUUGCAAAACUUACCUUAAUUCCAAACAGUUUUGAUAUAAUUGGGAUUAGUGAAGAUAGUACGCUCAUUAUUCAUACUGACGGUGUGUGGAAGACACUCGACAACGACCUGUUUGUUCUACCUAUCACUGACUUGACUGUAGAUGAGGAAGGAAAUUAUGGUGCCUUGGUUCCCGGAAUGUCAGAAUUAUCAAAUGGGGACCAGAUUCACAUUGUCAGCAUUGCACAUGUCGAUUUUCCUCUGCAAGAUUAUAAGGGUUCUCCUCAGACGAUAGACUACCAGGACAUUUCUACUAGUGGUACUUUCAAUGGCAAACAUGGUUCAAUUUCUUCUGAAAACAGCGGAUUAGGUACUGCGACCAAGAUUGUAUUGCCGCUGAUUAUAAUUGCUUUACUGAUUGCGGGAUGUAUUGGUGUAUAUUACUACAGAACAAAACACUUGUGGCUUGGUACGCCAUGA